CCCUCUGAUAUUCCAACUGAAGACAUAGGAGGAAGUGGGGUUUUCAUCACUAUAAGAAGUAGUAUUAGAUACAGCAACGUCCACUUCCGGUGAGGGGUCCACCAGGGUAGCGUGAAUAUUACGAGCAGCAGGUACAGUAUGGAUAUUAUCAUUCCAUAAGAGAAUGAAACGAAGAGCCUCAGUACGAGACCCGAAAUCCAGGCGGCAACGUCGGUGAGAUGUCGGAUUUCCAAUAGUUGUCGGUCGGGGAAGCAUAGUUCCCGUAACCCACUGUAUGGUAUCCAUCCAAUUCUCCAAUGCCGUUCGAAGUGUAAGCUGUCGUGGUUUAUGCGAGAAGCCCUUCAGUACUACGUACACCGAAUCCUCUCGAGGCAUUGCAGGCAUCGAUGUUUUAGCCGAUACCCUUGUAUCAGGUCGCGGUGUUGACGUUGACGUAGAUGGGAGAGGUGAGUUAUCAAGUUCCAAUCGACUGAGUAGAGAUGAUGACGAUGAUACUGUAGGAUGGAAAGGUUCCUCUAUCGACGGUAUACCCAUCCUGUUGAGUAGCGAAGGUACAGUGGUGUUAUCGGAAGGGGGAGAAGGGAGACCAGGCAUGUGGUCUUCCAAGUCGCUAUAGACCAUGUCGUCUGUUAAAGAGGGAGACGUGGUGAUGAAGCGCGAUGGUGGAGACGGAGUCGGUGUGCAAGCAGAUGCCGGUGAACACGGAGUGACGGAACGGGUUUGAAGUGUGUCUUGAGUCGAUGUCGGAACAGGUGUAAGCGAAGUUCCUGUAGCGACAUUGGAAGAAAGGACUCGAUCUGACAACAAACGGAGGAUACCAGUGACGAUAUCGGAAGGUUGAGAAAUUGCAGAAGUGUCAACCGGACUCGUGUGAGUCACCAUGGCAUUCUCCAAUACCUCAAUUCUGUCACGUAGCAGUCGAGACUCUUCACCUUUCUGCUGCACCUGAUCACGCAGCGAACGCGAUUCCUGUUGCAUUAUCCCAAUCCUUUCCCGCAUGAGUUCCUCCAACCGGAUCGUAUUCUUCUCUACACGGUUACAUGACGUCUUUGCCUUUUCUUGUUUAUACGACUGUUUGCACUUUUCCAGACAUGAGGAUGACGGGUACAGCGGUUCCACCAGAUCUGCAACGCUCUCUGUCCGUUGCUUCUUGCGUGGUCUUUCCUCCUCGACAUCUGUGAUAUCACCUGUCGGCCGAGGACGUCGCAAGCACAUUUCCCCAGGUGAGACAUGAGACACAGCCUGGGGAGGACCCGGUGACGAAAUGGAUGAAGGAGCCAAUGACGCUUUCUCUGUAAUGUGAGACACGUUGGAGCCCGUGCGUCGAUUGCUGGAGGCGAGCGUUGCAGAUCGUGGGAGGUCACUACCCGGUGCUAACGUUGUCUCCCUAUGAGUUGCGCAGUGAGAGGACAUCUUCCUCCAGGAAGUAGCAGUCUGUCCGGUUUUACUGCGCGACGUUGAGGGAAUGGGUGCGAACGAAUUUGAAUUGGAGACAGGAUUGUUACGAGUGCCGUAAGGAUGUGUGCGCCUGGGUUUGGCGGUGGCGCGGCGCGGAGGCGCAUAUUGGUCAGGAAGGGACGAAGAACUCGAGGGAAGCAUAGGGAAGGGACGAGAGAUGGACGGUGUUGUGUAGGAGAAGCUGUAUUUUCCGGUCGACAAGCGCUUCUGUACCGCACGAGAGGAUGACCUUGAAGACGUGGCGAGAUGUCGUGGUGAUGGCGUGCGUUGUGGUAGGGUGUCCUCCAAGGCCAGUCUAGCUUGUUCCACUUCCUGCUGUGCCAAAUACUCUUUCUGUUUCCAAGCUGCCAGCUCCUCUGUCGCAGAUGUCUCAGUCGAUUCUUUCUCCUUCUGUUUACCCUUUUCCUGUUCUAUGUCGAUCUCUGCCCGAUUUUCAUCUUCUCCUUCACUAUUACCUUCUUCAUAGAAAGAGUCGUUUGGUGGAAUCCAGCCGUUGUCCAUUGAGAGUAGCGAGUUUUCAGCGUGGGAGAUUUCGAGAUGAUGGUAGUGCGAAUCUGUGACGCAAAUUACACGUUACCGGGGCCGAAGCGCUCACCACCUCUUCUGCCGGUACUGGUCCCAACUAUGCACCAAUUCCACAAGGACAUGUCAGCGCUUCAGCAUUCAUGGACAGAGGAAAAGAAAAUUGCUUGGUACGAGAGGUCUCUUUCCGGUGCGACCGAUCCUUCAUGAAAGAAUAUGGGCCUUCAUUCAAAGUCACCGAAGCAACAACUGCCUUUUCCUUCCAGCAUUGACAUGACAUGACCAUGACUGAAACUUCCGAUGAUUUAGAGCUCAUGCAAUGGCGUUCAUGAUUGGCGACCAUCAUGGUCCAUAUUCUCUAUGUACCUCGAGCGCCAAUGCUACUAUAGUAGGGGCGGGGGGUAGCUUCGUGAUCCCCAAAUUUAAAGUCCGACGAGCGCGUAACGAGCGUCUGGACGAUAUCGCAACAAACGCACAUUGGGUUGACGUUGAGGAUUCAUGCAGUGAAAAUGAAAGCUGACGAUGAAGUUGGUUGGAGUGUUAGAGUUUGGAUUUCCGUUGGGAAAAAAGACUGUCGAAACUGGUAAAAUGAGGAUGGCUACGGUGUCUUUCUAACACCUUGACAAGUAAUACGUGAAGCGUGCGCGGAGUUUGAAUUUGGGGGAUCACGAAGCUACCCCCCGCCCCUACUACCAGGCUGUACACUGAUAGCAAAGCACGACUAUCUUCUUUGCUCAGUACAGAUCGGCUAGCCAGGCUAAUGCUACUAAGGGGUUUCAUAUGGUGUCACGGGUUUUUCCCCUUAAGUAAUCGAUAACCGCUAUGGCAGACACUAUGCGUGAGCUUUCCGUGUACCAAGUCUUCUGUGAACCUAUUUCGUUGGUAUCCGACUCCGGGAUUGACCCUUCUGGCUGCGCAUCCUGCUCUUGCACCCCUCUUCUUGAAGAUGGCAUCUUUUUCCGAAAAGGUCGUCCCACUCGCCACCAUCGCACAGAGUCGUUUCGUGCAGCCACUGCAAGUCUGCGUUACCACACUUUGACUAUUCCUCGGACUAUCAUGAGUGACAGUUUUGAGAAGAAGUACAUCAUACCUGUUAUGUGUUUCGCCGAGAAGUAUAUGUUCCAAGCUUCUCAACUCUCCUACGAGCUGAACACCUCACCCGCCUUCACCGAGGUAACGUUUUGGACGUCGAACGACAAGUGGCAGACAAAAAAAGUGUUGGUUUGUUUGUUGGUGGUUAAGAGGGGUGCAGUAUGCUGGCUAGACUUCCUUUUCCCUGAUGAAGGUGGCAAGGUCUGUAAAUUUUGCUGCACGAAGAAUUUGCAGAUCAUCCGGAAGAUCCAUGAGUUAUGCAACAUCUAUAGUCCUCAACGCUUGGUGCUCACGGACGAACUACAAGCAUGUAUUGUGCGCGAACUCAGUCCUUAUCCAGGUGAAAGUGCCAUCAUCUAUGACCGCCUAAAUCUUGGAAAUAUAUCCCUACGAUGCAUACUGGGAGGUUUACUCAACGAAGUGGCGCCUGAGGGAGAUCGUUUCAAUCCGAGAAUGGAGGGUGAGAUACUUCGGGGAGCUCUGAACGAAACUAAAGCUGGAAUGCCCAUCGCUAUCAACCCAGAACCAUCCGGAUUCUCCGAUUUCGACCUAUUUACGAUGCGGCGUCAUCUACCAGAUGCACGUUGGUUCUUGGAUUGGAAGGCGAGAUCAAUGCAAGAGGCUCUCUCCCAUCCCCUUGUAGUCGGGGAUUUGUUGCAGGUGGAUGUGGACGCAUUCAUAGAGAGAGAGCCGAUAUUUUCCUCUAGCCUCCCCCUGCAGAAGCCACCAGAAGUGUCUCUACACCUCAUCAUGACACGCCCUCGAUCGCGGCGGGUGGAGAUUGACCGUUUCCUCAACGGUUGUGGUACUAACUCAAGGGACUCGGAGGGAAGCUUGUUUUUCCAAAUCUUCCUCGUCUGUUCAGUGAUCUUAACGUUUGGGCGUAAUCUCGUUCGCCACGUUCCAUUCAUUCGCUUUCUUCUGUCACUUGUUCGCCUCGUUCCAUUCAUUGGUUCGUUGCACUCAUCAACUCCAAGUCACUCCACUCGUCGAACUCGGCAUGCCCACACACUUCUCUUAUCUUUCCGUAUCGACCAAAUUGUGCGGGCCAAGCCCAACACAUUUUCUCAAGUGUUUUUCGGACGCUUGUGUAGGGGUGGCAACACUAACUCGUCGUCAACGUGCGAAACCCGAAUUUGCCUCAAAUUUUUUGAUGAGGUCUUUUUCCCCGUGUUCGACCCCUCAGAACUCGAUGAGUACAAGGAAUUGGAAUGCAAUCCAUAUCUCAAUCUCCAUGCUGCGAGCGACAUGAUGCGUCGGGAGCACGCAGUUUAUCAACACCUGCAGUACCUCCAAGGUACACUACUACCGCAUGUUUACGGAUUUCACCAAUUCAUUCUUCCCGAUGGCAGGAAAAUCUGGGGUUUCUUCUCAGAAAUCAUUGAGGGAACCAAGUUGUGUGAUCUUCAACUGGACCAGUUGACAGAGAACUUGAAGAAUGAUCUGGUCCGUCGACUCCGUCACGGUGUGCGAACUCUUCUGUACGGAGGGGUCCUCCAAGAUGACUGGGAUCUCGGUCACAUCUUUGUAAACUGGGUCACUGACCCAGACGGGAAUGCUGAGCCUGCCCUUGUCUUCGUCGAUUUCGCAUUCUCUCGGUUGCGGUCAGGUUUGGGUAAUAUAGCUUGGCAUUUUCGACGAACCGAUCCACUCUGGAUGGAAUUAUAUGACAUGCCGGAGCUCUGUUCUGCCGUACGUCGGGACGAUAUAUGGCUUCCCUGGGAUGAUUUUGAAUGGUGAUGUCUACGUUCCUAUAAUGUCUGCGAUGUCCAAGCCCCUUACUUGGAAAAAUUAUUAUGGCACUCAAGAAUACAUCGAUAGUUUUCAAUACUUGAGCUUGUGUAUCUGAUGACAGCUACAUGUUCAAAGCUACAGCCUCUGUUUCAUUUUUGCACAAGUUACUCCCAACACAUCAUUGUCAACC